GCAAAUAUGCCAUGCGAGACCUGGUCCACAGGCUUCCGGGUGGGAACAACAGCAACAAUGCAGCAAGCAAGGCCAUGUCAGAUGACACCGUGACAGCUGUGUGCUGCACCCUGCAUGAAGUGAUCACAAAGAACAUGGAAAAUGCCAAGGCCUUACGGGAUGCCGGCGGCAUCGAGAAGUUGGUUGGCAUCUCCAAAAGCAAAGGAGACAAACACUCUCCAAAGGUAGUCAAGGCCGCAUCUCAGGUCCUAAACAGCAUGUGGCAGUACCGAGAUCUGAGGAGUCUGUACAAAAAGGAUGGAUGGUCACAAUAUCACUUUGUAGCCUCAUCUUCAACCAUCGAGAGGGAUCGGCAAAGACCCUAUUCCUCCUCCCGCACACCCUCCAUCUCCCCUGUGCGUGUGUCUCCCAACAACCGCUCAGCAAGUGCCCCAGCUUCACCUCGGGAAAUGAUCAGCCUCAAAGAAAGGAAAACGGACUAUGAGUCCACUGGCAGCAAUGCCACCUACCACAGCACUAAAGGUGAACACACAUCCAGGAAAGACGCCAUGACAGCUCAAAACACUGGUAUUUCAACUUUGUAUAGGAAUUCGUAUGGUGCACCCACUGAAGACAUCAAACACAACCAG